AUGCCGCUCGCUGGCAUUGCCCUCGCGCCUCUCCUCGUCUCACCUCUCGCGCCUUCCCCUCGCCGUAGCAGCGUUGCCACUGCCGCCGCGAGAAGGCCAAGAGUUGUCCAGAGAGCUCGGUGCUCGGCUACAGCCGCUUCUGGUGAAUCCGGUGAGCUGUCGCGCGCGACGCUACUAUGGAGGGCGGCGAAGCUACCCAUCUACUCCGUGGCGCUAGUGCCACUCACCGUCGGGAGCGCUUCUGCUUAUCAUCAUGCGGGCUUAUUCUUUACCAAGCGCUAUUUUGUUCUCCUGACAGCAGCAAUCCUCGUGAUCACUUGGCUCAAUCUCAGCAAUGAUGUUUAUGACUCGGAUACUGGGGCUGAUAAGAACAAGAAAGAAUCUGUUGUCAGCAUUACUGGCAGUCGAGCAAUGACACAAAAUGCUGCGAACAUUUCCCUUUUCCUCGGCUUUGCAGGACUAUUUUGGGCCUUUGCAGAAGCCAAGGAUAUCAGAUUUAUUUUAUUGGUGAUGUGUGCAAUCUUCUGUGGUUAUGUUUACCAGUGUCCUCCAUUCCGAUUAAGUUAUCAAGGACUAGGUGAGCCGUUGUGUUUUGCUGCAUUUGGUCCAUUGGCAACCACAGCUUUUUACUUCUCAAACAGCAGUAUAAAUAUUUCGAGCGGAACGGCACUUCUCCCUCUCACCAAAACAGCUAUAGCUUCAUCUAUUCUUGUUGGGCUGACAACUACUAUGAUACUCUUCUGCAGCCAUUUCCAUCAGAUUGAUGGAGACCUUGCCGUUGGAAAGAUGUCUCCACUGGUAAGAAUUGGCACUAAAGCAGGAUCGCGGAUAGUGUCAAUUGGGAUUCUCACGCUUUAUGUUCUCUUGGCUGCAUUUGGCAUAUGCAGAUCUCUCCCACCAGCUUGCAUUGUCCUCUGUGCCCUUACUCUGCCCAUGGGCAAGUUGGUUGUGGACUAUGUGCUGAAAAAUCACGAGGACAACACAAAGAUAUUCAUGGCGAAGUACUACUGCGUGCGCUUGCACGCGCUGUUUGGGAUGGCACUAGCUUCUGGUUUGGUCUUGGCCCGUAAUGGUAUAUUAGCCUGA